UAGGAUAAAUAAUUUACCAAUUUCAAUUAAAAAAAAAAACUUUCAAUAUUUGAAUAAAUAAAAGAAUAAUAAUAAUAAUAAUUUACCUACAAGUCAACAUGAGGGACCUCCCGGACCAGAUAAGAAGCGAGGAAGUCUCCUCCUCCAAGCCCAGAAGCUCCUCCGAACCCUCGUUCUUUGAAACUGUUCAUCUUGAUUUUGAAAAUUUUUGAACCCUUUAUAUCCACCCCAACCACACUCCCCCUUUUCCACUCAAAUCUUCACCGCUUCUUGGACUCACAAAUCUACUACAAGACUUCCUCUGUUUCCUUUCCCUUCUUUUCUGAAAGAAUUUAUCAAUUUUCAACAAUCGGAAAAAUGGCAUCACAAACCAGUUGUGAAACUUCAGCUAUAGAGCAAAUCAAACAACACCUUUUUGAUGAAUUUGCCUUUGUGGAGAAUUUCUGUUAUUCCGGUGUUACCCAAUUAACCAGAAGUUCGAGCUCUGAUUCCACCCAGGAUUCUGUAAACUUUGCCCCUGUUUCUAAUUUCAGCUUUGCAACCCCAGCAGGGUGGUAUGAUAAUACUGAAUUCGAAUGUUCUAAGCCACAAAUAACUGCAAAUAAUACAAUUAGAAAUCCCCGUAAAGCAGCAAGCAGCUUGAGUGACCGAAAGCCCGCUUUGAACAUAUCAAUUCCUCCGAUUAAGAAGGUUCUGGACUUCGUUCCUGGUUCUAAUUGUACUGCUGCUGAGGUUGAAGAUUUCGCCGAGAAGAAGCAUUACCGGGGAGUGAGGCAGCGGCCCUGGGGAAAGUUCGCAGCCGAGAUUCGUGACCCGAAUCGAAAAGGGUCUCGUGUUUGGCUCGGAACUUUCGAUACGGCAAUAGAGGCGGCGAAAGCUUAUGACAGAGCGGCUUUCCGGCUGAGAGGUAGCAAAGCUAUCCUGAAUUUCCCGCACGAGGUUUCUAAUAAUACUUUGCCGGACGAUGAGCUGACCGUCGGAGUUGGCCGGAAAAGGGCCAGAGAGGCGGAGAAUGACGGAGCUGUUAAAAAAGAGGUGAAGAGGGAGGAGGUGUCUCCGACUUCAUCGUCGGUGAGCCACGGCUCCACGGUAGCGGCGGAUCAGGUGCCGUUGACGCCGUCAAGUUGGACGGACUGCGGUGACAUGAAGGGUAUUUUCGAGAUUCCACCUUUGUCCCCUUUAUCUCCUCAUCCGUGCUUAGGCUAUUCUCGGCUUGUGGUUACCUGAAUGGCCAGCAAAAAUCCCUGAACAUUAUCCACCCAAAAAUAUAUCCAAAAAAAAAAAAGGGAAAUGGACAUUUUUGGGGAAAAAAAAAAAAGAAAGAAAAAGAAACCUGGAAUAUUACCACGAAAAAAAAAAAAACCUUGAGAUUGCCACCAUAAACAAAGCUUUGAGUUGGUCAAGUAAAAAGACUCAAUAUUGUAUCAAAGGAGCACCUGACUAGCGUUAGUCUGAGGUGAUUAGGCGCACGAAGGACCCAAAAGAAAAAAUAGUUUGUAAUUUGAAUUCUAGAUUUCUUUUUGCCCUUUUCUCUGAGUAGUAGUGUAAGGUUUAGAAGAUCAAUGCACAUAUAGCCCAAGUACGUAGUAGUAUGGAAAUUUGUUUGAUAUCUUCAUUUUAUUAUAUUCAUUCAUGAAUAUGAGGUUGAGUUUUUCAUCUCUUUUGGCUGCGAGCUUGAUUAUAAUUAAAGCAAAAUCUCCUACGAUCCAACUAAAUUAACGUCCAGAAAACGAAAAAGAAAAAAAGAAAGGAUCCAAAUCUCCAAAAUACUAUGAAUCAUGAUGUGUUCAAAAUGAACUAUCUGUAAACUGGAUUAUGCAAAAUAAAGUAUUCUAAAAUGGAGAUGGAGUUUUAUUGAUCAAUUUUUCAAAUGAUAGUUUUAACCAUACAAUUUGAAGUCUUACACGAAAAUUCUACACUUCCAUAAUUGUUGAUUGAUAAUUGAUAGAGGUGCAGGUGCUUAACCAAAAAAAAAAUAAAAAAUAAAAAUUGAUAGAGGUGAAUGUCAUGAGGCCAUCAUCCGUACAACUUGCCAUUAUCAGACAGUAAGCUGACACCCCCCAAAGAUCCGGACUUCUCAAUUUAUUAGAGCCUAACUGUUCUCUGCUUGGCAAUCUCAUUCCCCACCCAACAAAUAGCAGAAUUCAUCCCCCACCAACUUGCUCUCAUCCUUUUGGGCCGAAAUCAAAUCAAUGUAUGGCUGAUGUGAGACCACUCCAACUUGCAAGUUGGACUCGCUUUCUGGUUUUAGAAGUCCUACUUUUCUUGGAUGAAAAUUCCUCACGGAUCUUUGUGAGGACAGUAAUGUUAAACCAUUCAUACUUAUGCGUUGUUGUAUCGCAAUAUUAAAAUAAGAGUUACGUUUGAUCAUUUCUCG